AUGAAGGCGCGUUGGCUCCGACCACGUGCCAAAAAAUCCAAACGAGCAAAAAGGCUACCGUCCAAGUCUUCUGUUUCCUUUGCCCAACACCUUCUUCUUCUGCUGCUACCUUCAACUCCUAUGAAAUUCUCCCUCUCCUCUGCCCAUGUAAGCGACGCUAGAAAUCGCAGUGUAAACAUUGGGCUUUCAAAGGGCACAAAGAGGUUUGUUUUGAAGCGAAUUUCUAAUGAAUUGGAGACUGAAGAAUUACCUGAAGAGCCAUCUAUUUCCAACUUCACUGGUUUCCAAGAAGAUCCAAUCGUGGGCAAGUUAAGGACACAAUUAGGAGUGAUACACCCGAUACCAUCGCCUCCAGUUAAUAGAAAUAUUGUUGGGUUAUUUGUUUUUUUCUUUUUUGUUGGUGUUGCUUUUGAUAAAGUAUGGACUUCAAGAAAGAGAUAUAAAAGCAAUGACGAAGGGAAGCGUGGCGGGGCGUGGCCGCAAGUGCCCACCAGCUUUUCGUUGUUUUUGGAGAAGGAUUUGCAGAGAAAAGAGUCUGUUGAGUGGGUUAAUAUGGUGUUAGGGAAGUUAUGGAAGGUUUAUAGAGGUGGGAUUGAGAAUUGGCUUAUUGGGUUGUUGCAACCUUUGAUUGAUAAUUUGAAGAAGCCUGAUUAUGUUGAAAGAGUUGAAAUUAAGCAGUUAUCUUUAGGGGAUGAACCAUUGUCUGUUAGGAAUGUUGAGAGAAGAACUUCUCGCCUUGUCAAUGAUUUGCAGUAUCAAAUAGGCCUCAGGUAUACUGGUGGUGCUCGGAUGCUGCUAAGUCUGUCGCUAAAAUUUAGCAUUAUCCCCAUCGUGGUGCCAGUCGGUGUUCGAGAUUUUGACAUUGAUGGUGAACUUUGGGUCAAAUUGCGGUUGAUACCAACAGAGCCAUGGGUGGGAGCUGUUUCUUGGGCUUUUGUGUCACUUCCGAAGAUCAAAUUUGAAUUGUCACCAUUUCGUUUGUUCAAUCUAAUGGCAAUUCCUGUUCUGUCAAUGUUUCUGACAAAACUUCUCACUGAGGAUUUGCCUCGACUGUUUGUUCGUCCUAAGAAGAUUGUUUUGGAUUUUCAAAAAGGAAAAGCAGUUGGCCCUGUUGCAAAUGAAUCAGGAGAAAUGCAAGAAGGAAACAUGGACUUUGUUGGAGAACUAUCAGUGACUCUUGUAGAUGCUCGAAAACUUUCCUAUGUCUUCUUUGGUAAAACUGACCCAUAUGUUAUUUUGAGCCUGGGAAAUCAAAGUAUGCGCAGUAAAAAGAACAGUCAAACCACUGUCAUCGGGCCUCCGGGUGAACCCAUUUGGAAUCAGGAUUUUCAUAUGCUUGUUGCAAACCCUAGGAAACAAAAAUUGAACAUUCAAGUGAAAGACUCUCUUGGAUUCACAUAUUUAACUAUUGGUACAGGAGAGGUUGAUCUGGGAUCUCUGCAAGACACUGUACCAACAGACAAGAUUGUGGCUUUACAAGGAGGUUGGGGAUGGUUCGGAAAGGCUUCUUCUGGAGAGAUACUCCUUCGACUAACUUAUAAAGCCUAUGUUGAGGAUGAAGAUGAUGAUAAGUAUGAGGUGGAGCAUAUUGAUACAGAUAUUUCAGAUGAUGAGAUGUCCGAUUCUGAUGAAUCAAAUGCUAUUUAUGAGCCUAAUAGAAGGGAUUCUUCAAGUGAGAUGGAUAAAGAGUCAUUUAUGGAUGUUCUAGCAGCUUUGAUCGUGAGUGAGGAAUUUCAAGGAAUAGUGGCGUCUGAGACAGGAAAUAACAAACUUUCAAAUGAUGCCUCAGGUGCAGGAUCUACAAUGUUGCCAUCACGUAGUCUUAAUGCUGAAUCAGUGCCCUCAGAUAGCAGUAACAGUUCUGAAGGUUCUGCUGGAUCAGUCUUAGUUUGGUUUGCUGUGAUUACAAGUAUAUUAGUUCUAAUUGCUUUCACUAUGGAUGGUUCAAGUUUCUUCAACCCUUGA